CUCCGAAAAGUUCAUCAGGCUGAAAUCUCUCGAAGUUUCCUCCAGCAACCUGUAUUUCUUUUAUACACAGCCUCUCAAAAAGUCGCACAAGAUAUUUUCUCUCUCUCUGAGCCCAAAACCACCACCUCCCCUUAUUUCUGCAGCAAAAGCGAGAGGCGUGCGAUUCUGUUUUUCCUGGGGAAGUCGUUUUCUCUGCUUUGCCAUUGCUAUGUGUGUUUUUGGGCAUACUUAGAGAUCAAUUUUGGUAGCGUUUGGUUGGGUUUUUCGGUAGGGGUUUUGAAGAUUGUUGUUUUGGUGGUUUGUUAGAUAUGGAUCGGGAAGGAGGAUCCAACGGCGGAUCUUGUUACUACACUGUUCUCGGGAUUCGCAGGGAUGCCUCCUUCUCUGAUAUUCGCACUGCGUAUCGCAAACUAGCCAUGAAAUGGCACCCAGACAAGUGGACCCGGAAUCCGGGGGUAGCCGGAGAGGCGAAACUUCGGUUUCAGCAAAUCCAAGAAGCAUACUCCGUUCUUUCUGAUGAAGCUAAGAGGUCAAUGUACGAUGCUGGGCUUUAUGAUCCUCUGGAGGAAGAAGAUAAAGUUCGUACAUAUAUCUUUCUCUGGAUUUUGCCGGGGCUUGAUCCCAUGUCUCCCUUGCUAACCUUUGAAAACGGUGCUGUUUUGGUUAACCCCCAUCCCCCAUUCCUCAAUCCUCACUCUCCUUCUGGGCAGACGGAACGGCGUCGUUUUAAAAAUUUGCUAGGAGUGAAAUUGCCUGCCUGGGCAAAAUUCACUUUACUUUUUAUAUUUUUGCAAUUGGGAAUUUUUAUUUAUUCUUCCAGGGCAUGAUUCUUGCGUAAAUGAUUGCAAUGGCGAAUGGCUAUAAUUCUUUCGGCGAAAUUUUUUUUGUCCUAUCUGGGGCCAAAUUGUAAUUUUCUUUUUUGUUGCGUACGUGAUCCUCACAUUUGUGAAUUUUUCC